AUGGAUGAGCAUUUAAUAUCUACGAUCAACAAACUUCAAGAUGCCCUGGCACCUCUUGGUGGUGGCUCUCAGUCGCCUAUUGACCUGCCUCAGAUCACGGUCGUUGGAUCGCAAUCCUCCGGUAAAUCUUCCGUUUUAGAAAAUAUUGUUGGUAGGGACUUUUUGCCACGAGGCACUGGUAUUGUGACGAGAAGACCGUUGGUGCUGCAGCUGGUUAACAGAAGAGUCAAGAAGGACAGCCACAACGUGGAUUCCGCAGCAAAUGAGCUGAUCGAUUUGCAUGUUAGUGAUGAUAAAGCAAAUAAUAAGAGCCAAUCAGAAGAUAAUGCAGAGGAAUGGGGCGAGUUUUUGCACCUGCCUGGCAAGAAGUUUUACAAUUUUGAUGAAAUAAGACAGGAAAUUGUUAGAGAAACGGAUAAGCUAACCGGACCAAAUUCUGGUAUCUCCCCUAUUCCAAUUAACCUUAGAAUUUAUUCUCCACAUAUUCUCACGUUGACUUUGGUCGACUUACCAGGUCUCACUAAAGUCCCAGUUGGUGACCAACCGCCUGAUAUCGAGAAACAGAUCAAAGAUAUGCUUUUGAAAUAUAUUUCCAAGCCCAACUCGAUAAUAUUAUCUGUUAACGCUGCAAACACAGAUUUAGCUAAUAGUGAUGGUUUAAAGCUUGCCAGAGAGGUUGAUCCAGAGGGAAUGAGGACAAUUGGUGUUUUAACAAAAGUCGACCUGAUGGAUCAAGGUACGGAUGUUAUUGAUAUCCUUGCUGGAAGGGUCAUUCCACUGAGAUAUGGGUAUAUUCCAGUCAUAAACAGAGGACAAAAGGAUAUUGAAAGAAAGAAAACGAUCAGGGAUGCUCUUAAAGAUGAAAGGAGUUUCUUCGAAAACCACCCUUCUUACAGUUCAAAGGCUCAUUAUUGUGGUACUCCUUACUUAGCCAAGAAGCUUAAUUCCAUUCUUCUACACCACAUUAGACAAACCCUUCCUGAUAUAAAGGCUAAAAUUGAGGCCACUCUGAAGAAGUAUCAAAACGAGUUAUUCAAUCUCGGCCCAGAGAGUAUGGAUUCUCCCAGUUCUGUUGUGUUGAGUAUGAUCACUGAUUUUUCUAACGAAUACGCUGGAAUUUUGGAUGGUGAGGCUAAGGAGCUUUCAAGUCAAGAACUUUCCGGAGGUGCUAGAAUUUCAUUUGUUUUUCAUGAAGUGUUUAAGAAUGGUAUCGAUGCACUAGACCCCUUUGACCAGAUCAAGGACUCCGACAUCAGAACAAUCAUGUACAACAGUUCUGGUUCGGCACCUUCCCUGUUCGUUGGAACAGAAGCCUUCGAAGUGUUAGUCAAACAACAGAUCAGACGGUGUGAAGAACCCUCCUUGCGCUUGGUAAGCCUUGUGUUCGAUGAGCUGGUCCGAAUGCUAAAGCAAAUAAUAUCACAAACCAAAUACGCCAGAUACCCAGCAUUGAGAGAAGCUAUAUCUAACCAAUUCAUUGAAUUCUUGAAAGAAGCUAUAGUGGCAACAAAUGAAUUCGUAGUUGAUAUUAUCAGCUCGGAACAAACUUACAUUAACACUGCACAUCCUGACCUACUAAAGGGUUCGCAAGCUAUGGCAAUGGUAGAAGAGAGGUUACAUCCUCGCCAACCCGCACUUGAUCCCAAAACAGGUAAACCAAUUCAAGGUCAGCCACCUUCGGCCAAGACUGCAGCUGCUGAGGAAAAAUCAGGAUUCUUUGGUGGAUUCUUUUCCACUAAAAACAAGAAGAAAUUGGCAGCGUUGGAGUCACCACCACCUGUUUUGAAAGCAACUGGGCAGAUGACAGAAAGGGAAACUCUUGAGACUGAGGUCAUCAAGCUUUUGAUUAGCAGCUACUUCAGUAUUGUGAAAAGAACUGUUGCGGAUAUCAUUCCCAAGGCCUUAAUGUUAAAGUUAAUUGUUAAAAGUAAGAAGGACAUCCAAAAAGUGUUACUUGAAAAGCUUUAUGGAAACCAAGAUAUAAACGAGUUAACAAAGGAAAAUGAGAUCACCAUACAAAGGAGAAAGGAAUGUAAAAAGAUGGUUGAAAUCUUGAGACACGCCAGUGAUAUAGUAUCUUCAGUCUGA